UUGUGUUCAGGUUUAGAGACCAGCACCAGGACGCUGAGCACCCCCAGCCCGGGCCUAAUCCUCCCGUCCAAGUCCUCCUCUCUCUCCUCCCCCGCCCUGUCCAGCAACGGCCAUGAGACCCACUCCUCCACCUCGUCCUCCGCCCCCACCGAGACGGUGGCGGUCAUCCACCCGCAGCCCUCCGGCCACGCCCGCUCCCGGCUGUCCAAGGCCCACCACCACCACCACCACCACCACGCCGCCGCCGUCGACCUGCUGCCGGACGCCGCCCUCCUGCAGGUCUUCUCCCACCUGCCCACCAACCAGCUGUGCCGCUGCGCCCGGGUCUGCCGCCGCUGGUACAACCUGGCCUGGGACCCGCGGCUGUGGGCCAGCGUCCGGCUGACCGGCGAGCUGCUGCACGCCGACCGGGCCGUGCGCGUGCUGACCCACCGCCUGUGCCAGGACACGCCCAACGUGUGCCUGACCCUGGAGACGGUGGUGGCCAGCGGCUGCAAGCGGCUGACCGACCGGGGCCUGCGCGUGGUGGCCCAGUGCUGCCCCGAGCUGCGGCGCCUGGAGGUGGCCGGCUGCUACAACAUCUCAAACGAGGCCGUGUUUGAGGUAGUGUCCCGCUGCCCCAACCUAGAGCACCUGAACCUCUCAGGCUGCUCCAAGGUGACGUGCAUCAGCCUGACCCAGGAGGCCUCGCUCCAGCUGUCCCCCCUGCACGGCCAGCAGAUCUCCAUCCACUACCUGGACAUGACCGACUGCUUCUCCCUGGAGGACGAGGGCUUGCGGACUAUCGCCUCCCACUGCCCGCGCCUCACGCACCUCUACCUGCGCCGCUGCGCCCGGCUGACCGACGAGGCCCUGCGCCACCUGGCCCUCCACUGCCCGUCCAUCCGGGAGCUGAGCCUGAGCGACUGCCGCCUGGUGGGGGACUUCGGCCUGCGCGAGGUGGCCCGCCUGGAGGGCUGCCUGCGCUACCUGAGCGUGGCCCACUGCGCGCGCAUCACGGACGUGGGCAUGCGCUACGUGGCCCGCUACUGCCCGAGACUGCGCUACCUGAACGCGCGGGGCUGCGAGGGGCUGACCGACCACGGCCUCGGCCACCUGGCCCGCAGCUGCCCCAAGCUCAAGUCCCUGGACGUGGGCAAGUGCCCGCUGGUGUCGGACGGCGGGCUGGAGCAGCUGGCCAUGUACUGCCAGGGCCUGCGGCGGGUCAGCCUGAGGGCCUGCGAGAGCGUGACGGGCCGGGGGCUCAAGGCUCUGGCCGCCAACUGCUGCGAGCUGCAGCUGCUCAACGUGCAGGACUGCGAGGUGUCGCCGGAGGCCCUGCGCUUCGUCCGGCGCCACUGCCGGCGCUGCGUCAUCGAACACACCAACCCGGCCUUCUACUGACCGCCGAGUCGCCGGAGAGACCGGUCCUCUGACGAGCGGACGUCGCAAUGCGAUAGUUGGUCGGAAAAACCAGUGUGCAAUACUGGCCAGAAUCGAUCCCCUUUCGCAUCCGCCCGGUCGGCUGUAAAUCUUGUCCUUUGAAAAUACAGAAUGUAUUUAACGUAUUUAUCUGUAAAAAGGCAGAGAAGUCCAACAUUUCCCUCCUCCAGCAGCAUCAUUAGCAUUGUAACAACAUGGCACAACACUUAGCACUGGGUACAGAUGUGUUAGCUUUUUAAAGCUUUCCCAUAGAUAUUUUAUUUGAGGAUAAUCGUCACCUUUAGGGCUUAAACCAGAAUUGCUAUCCCGCAUUACUCCAGCUGGUUGUAAACAGCUAGUAGCCGACCAAAUCACUGACAAUGUAGCGACAGGGCAGCAGCGAGGGCAGAUGUGGCGACUCGGUUUCACUUUCUUUGUGUUGUGUGCAGAUGCACUUUAUGCCGUUUAUACAGACAAUCACUUCUGCUGAGCACAGUGUCACGUUUCCCUUUAGCCUGGGUUUGUAUCGGGCUAUUAUUCUCUUAGAGGAUCACGGUCACAUCUGAAUCUAUAUGCAACGUCAAUGUUGGAAGAAAAAAAACAGGAACACAUCGCUACUAUAACUGUGCCAAUAAACCUGUUAAAAGAUCUACGUCGUUAGGGGUCAUAAGGUGAAUGGGACUAUGUAGAAAUUCCUAUGGUUGAUUUACACAACGAGGUUUCCAAACAUGUUGGCUGUAAAAUUCUAAACUGCAAUGAUUUGCAGCUCACUGAAGCUUUAUAUUUCAUUUUCGACAGAAUGUGUAGAAAACAUGGAACGUUUUCAGCUGCCUUACAGCCCGGAGCCUCUGUUGUUAUUGUGCCAAAUGAUUUCAAUGAAUGCAAUGUCUGGCCUUAAGACCAAGAAGGCUUAGAUUCAAGCCAUUUUGCAACGAAACCUAAUGUGUGCAGACAACGUUUUGCUAAAUCGAGCAAAGUCUUCCUGAAAAACACCUGGAUGCUAGCAUGUAGCCUUAGUCCGCGUAUCAGACUGGAUCAUAUAACAGAUAGCCAUCGAACAGAGCAAGAAAGUUACAUUAUAUGAACUUUAGAAAUCAAUAAUGCAGCAAAGAAACUAAGUUGUUAUUUAAUUGUGUAAUGUUGUGUUGUAUGGAUGUGUUCUAAAGGGCUCACAGCCUUUCCCCCUGUCUGCCAAGUAUUAAAGCUGUUUUAUUUUCCAGAA